AUGCGUGGAUCUCCCCGACAUGGGACAGCCGUGGGAUUUAUGGUGCUGCUGAACGCGCUGUUGCUGCUGCUGGCGACGCAGGCUGCACAGGGAGCCUUAACGGAUCACCUCCUGGUUCAGCUGCAUGAGGACGCACAGGACGAGGCGCACCAACUUGCAACACAACAUGGGUUCCAGAGUGCCCGAAAGCUUCCCUUUGGAGAGGGGCUUUUUCACUUCUAUCCUCAGGGCACUUCAAAGAAGCGGAGCAAACGUAGCGCUCACAGCAGACAGCGACUACAAAAAGACAGAAGAGUGAAGAAUGUCUUUGAGCAGGAGGGUUUUAAUCGUCAGAAGCGAGGCUACAGAAAUAUCAACGAUAUCGAAGUCAACAUGAGUGACCCUCUAUUCACCAAACAGUGGUAUCUGAUAAACACAGGCCAGGCCGACGGGACCCCAGGGCUGGAUCUUAAUGUGGCCGAAGCUUGGCAACUCGGCUACACGGGCAAGGGGGUUACCAUCGCAAUCAUGGAUGACGGUAUCGACUAUCUACAUCCAGACCUGGCAUCAAAUUAUAAUGCCGAUGCCAGCUACGACUUCAGCAGCAAUGACCCGUUCCCAUUUCCACGUUACACAGAUGACUGGUUCAACAGUCAUGGCACACGAUGUGCUGGAGAGGUUUCUGCGGCAGCCAACAAUAACAUCUGCGGUGUGGGAGUCGCCUACAACUCUAAGGUGGCAGGAAUCAGGAUGCUGGACCAGCCCUUCAUGACUGACAUCAUUGAGGCAUCAUCCAUCAGCCACAUGCCCCAGGUUAUUGACAUCUACAGCGCCAGCUGGGGACCAACUGAUGACGGCAAGACGGUGGACGGACCCCGAGAGCUCACAUUGCAGGCUAUGGCUGAUGGCGUCAACAAGGGGCGCGGAGGAAAAGGCAGCAUCUACGUCUGGGCAUCGGGAGACGGCGGCAGCUAUGACGACUGCAACUGUGAUGGUUAUGCCUCCAGCAUGUGGACAAUCUCCAUCAACUCCGCCAUCAACGAUGGACGCACCGCCCUGUACGAUGAGAGCUGCUCCUCCACUCUGGCAUCUACAUUCAGCAACGGACGCAAGAGGAACCCAGAGGCCGGCGUUGCCACUACAGACCUGUAUGGAAACUGCACGCUCCGUCACUCUGGAACCUCAGCAGCAGCUCCAGAGGCAGCUGGCGUCUUUGCUUUGGCUCUUGAGGCUAAUCCCAACCUGACAUGGAGAGACAUGCAGCACCUGUCAGUCCUGACCUCCAAGAGGAACCAGCUCCAUGACGAAGUCCACCAAUGGAGAAGGAACGGCGUGGGCCUCGAGUUCAACCAUCUGUUCGGCUACGGCGUGCUGGACGCCGGGGGCAUGGUGAAAAUGGCCAAGGAAUGGAAAACGGUGCCCGAGCGUUUCCACUGCGUAGCUGGAUCCAUUCAGGAAGCCCACAAAAUCCAAUCUGGCAACAAGCUGCUGCUGGCCAUCACCACCGAAGCCUGUCAGGGGAAGGACAACUUUGUCCGCUACCUGGAGCACGUUCAGGCGGUGAUCACGGUCAACGCCAGCCGCCGCGGAGACCUCAACAUCAACAUGACCUCGCCCAUGGGCACCAAGUCCAUACUGUUGAGCCGAAGGCCCCGCGACGACGACUCCAAGGUGGGCUUCGACAAGUGGCCCUUCAUGACCACCCACACCUGGGGAGAGGACCCCCGCGGGACCUGGGUCCUCGAGGUGGGCUUUCAGGGCGAAGAACCAGAGCGGGGAGUCCUGAAGGAGUGGACUCUCAUGCUGCACGGAACACAAAGUGCCCCUUACAUAGACCAGAUAGUGCGUGAUUAUCAGUCCAAACUUGCGAUGUCCAAAAAGGAGGAGCUGGAGGAGGAGCUUGAUGAGGCUGUAGAGAGAAGUUUGAAGAGUUUGCUGAGUAAAAACAACUAAAAAUAAAUCCCAUCUGCAUGUUGCCAACUCUUUCUCUGAUCUUUCUUCCCUGUCUGCAGUCUUGCUCUGUCCUCCUCCAAAUCUCACUACAUCUCCUUAGUUCUUCUCCGUCUCUUGUUAGCAUCCUCCUUUUGUCUACCUCUCUGUCCCCUCCUCACCCUGCUUUUGGUUAUCAAGUGUUUCACUUAGCCCCGCCCUUCAAUGAAUGUUUCUUGUAAUCCAAUCAUGAUAAAAGUGUAACCUUCAAUAAUCUGUUCUACAUAGAGAAAGCAAACUAUACCACUUAAAUUUUUACACUCUACAGAAUUGUACAUAAAAGCAGAUAUAAGCCACGCUCUCAUGCUCUUGCUUUAACUGCCCUGCACCUCUCUUCUGCCAACUGUUGUACAGUUUGUGACUGUAAAUGAUUUUCUGUGUCAUUCUACUUAAAGUUUAAUAUCUUGCAAACAGAGCAGUGAUAUUUCUUUCUGUUUAUAUUUUUGUGACAUGCACUGUUUAUAUAAACAAGGAAAGGAAUGUGUAAUUCAUUUUGCAGCCUGUGGUCAUCAGUUCAUAUUUCAUAAUCUUUGACAUAAACUAUAAUAAAUCUAUUCAGCUGUUUAUUAAA